UACUCCCUCCUUGUCGUUGCUUUCGCCGUGUUGGGGUUCCAUUUUUUCGUUGUUUUGGUGCUACUGUGGUUGGAUCCGAACAAGGAGUGGAAAUCAAGGUCUGGGACUCCGUCAACAUGUGGCCUAGACUGACCCUGGUCGACAGUGGAGUAGGUAGGUUGAAGUCUCAUCCCUAAAAUUUGAAAUGUAGGUAAAAUUACAUGUAAAACUCAUAACAAAUUGAGGAAAUAGAGUAGUCAAAAGGCCUUAGCCCCCCCCCCCCCCCCCCAAAAUUCAGACGAGAAAGACAACUUGACUAGAGGCUCGUAACCAUAACCCAACCAUCUCGAUUUCUUGGUUAUAGAUUAUAACCGUAACCCAACCCAGCGAUCUAUGUAGAAGAAGACAGGAGUUUUAACAUCCCGGUAUUUUAGAUUUGGGUUCGACCAAAAUAAAUGAGCGGUUGGUUUGAUGGUUACGUACUAAAAGUUGCAACCGCGGAUCAUAAAUAAUAAUAAUUAUUAUUAUUAUUAUUAUUAUUAUUAUUAAUUUACCUAUAUAAUUAAUAAUAAAAACCCAUCACACCAAAACCCUUUCCCCAAAAUUUCAAGCGCGCUGCGCGAGCGAGGCGAGGCAGGAAGAGGAGAAGGAGGAAAAUAAAAGAAGGGGAAGAAAGUGAGCGCCGGUCUCCACCCUGUUACCGACCCUGAUACCAUCCCUUUUGUGUUUUAGCGUUUGCGGCGAGAUUUGAGGGUUUGAUCAUCGAUCAACGAGUAAAUCAAUGUCCCGAGUCAUCCAAACUAGUCCUAGGCACGUUCUAGAGGUUUUCCAAGAUAAUCCGGCUAAGGAGGGAUUUCUUCGAGGAAGGAAUAUAUGAGUCAUCUUUUCGAGGUGAGUGCAAAGGGGGUAAUAUAUCAGUCGUAGGUCUAUUAAUUUACGCCUUUUGUUUCAAACUAAUAUUUAGUUAAUUUUGAGUAAUGCGCGAUAUGUGUGUGAGGCAUCUCACCGCCUAGUUAAGGGUGGAGGCACGCGUUGUGCUAUGUAUGAAUGUAUGGAUGUAUGAUUGUAAUAGUUCAUUAAUGGUAAGAUGAACCCCCGGGGGGUUGGUCACUACUGGAUGGCGAGACGUAACGCAGACUUUGACCGGGCAUGGACUGGACAGCGAGACGUACGCAGUGCCAUUGCUGAGUUUGGGUAUGCAACCGGAUGACGAGACGUAACGCGGUUGGCAUACUAUGGUAGGGAUACCAGACGACAAGACGUAACACGGUGGUCCCUAGUGUUGGUGUCUAUGGAUUAAGGAUAUACGUAAGGAAAUUCUAACGAUAAGAUAGGAGUAGAGAUCUCUUAUAGACUGUUUGAGAACAAAGUAUAAAGGAUGAAAGCGAGAAUGGCUUUUGUCUAAGUCGAGAACCCUAAUAAUGUGUUUAGUAGGGGUUUGCUUAGGGCAAAGACCUUAGGAAGUAACGACAAGACUGACCCCUUCUCACUCACCAGGUGCAGAGAGGGGAAGAGGACGCAUCCAUCAAGAGGAGGUUACCCGAGGAGAGCACCCGCAGCAAACCUGAAGAUGUCAACUGGAUCUGGGUAACAAGAUGGGACCCCCCCAUUAUAUCUGUCUUUCGUUUCAUGUCUUAAUGAGUAUACUGGGAAACUCAAGGAUGGUGUUUUAUGUUUCUUAACAUUGUCGUUGUUGAUUUUCGGUUUUUCACUUGUAAACCUGUUUUUGGUUGGUCGAGUGUAACCGGUUUUUGGUUUGAGUUAUGGUUUGGUUUUCAAAAAGGAUCGGUCGUUACAGGAGUAGUUUGCUUCCUCAGAGAGAGAGAGAGUUCAAUGAAAACCAGGCAAAUUUUUUUGCAUAUUUUCAUCUUCUUCCUUAUCCUCACGUUUCCUCUUUGAGCCAUUACCCAAAACGGGUCUAGCCUCCCUUAAGCAAAUCUAUGAUGACUUUUUUUUUUGCAAGCUUCUCGGCUCUGUUUGAAAUGGGGGUUUGAUAACAAGUUUGCUUCCUCACCAGUCACCACUACCAAGUUUGCAAUCAAGUUUGUUUCCUCACUACUCCCAAACUAAAAAGUGGGCGAUUCCAACAGCUAUCUCUCAGGUCACAUCAAUGAAAAAGUUCACCCUAACAUCAACAUCUCGGUGAACGACCGUCCCCCCAGGUGGAAAUUGUUGCUCCAACAUCUACCGUAGUUUUGGGUGGUGCCACUUCACGGCAGCGACACAUGUUGCUGCCAUUGUCAACUUGACCUACUAAGGAAAUAACAAUAAUAUCAAGGAUGAGACAUAUAUAUCCGCACCAUUACGCCCUCCUUGUCCAUGUUUCCAUCGUGUUGGGGUUCCAUUUUUUCAUGUUGUCUGUGCUACUAAUUCGAACAGGGAGUGGAAAUUCAAUGUCUGGAACUCUGUCAACAAGUGGCAUGGAUUGACUCUGGUCUUCUGGUCGAGAUCCACAUGUGUGCUUACGGCUUUUCCGUGAGCCAAUUCCUGGGUCACCUGUCCAUACUCUAUGCUGCUCUCCUAUGGCUACUAUGUGGCGAUUGCUCAAACUUGCCCCUUUCCUAUCAUGUUCGGCACCUCUUCCAUGUGGUUCUCAUAAGCCAUCUAUCUAUUCAUAGUUAUUUUCCAAAAAAAUUUCUUUUGUGUUCAUUCUAAUACAAUGUGAGUUAUGUUUUCAUUAGCAUCACCGACGCCAUGGUAUAGGCGCUGGGCCGGGGGCUCUGGUGACCGGGUUAGACAAAAACUUAGUCUCGGUUUUUUGUUAUUGUCCCCAUGAUUCUCUAUACCAUUGAUAGACCGUCAUUUACACAUGUUUUUACCCCCAUUCUUACACCGUUUGAGGUGUUGAUUCUCGUGUUUUAGGCCGAUUUCACGCUAGGUUGUGCUUGUUUGUGAUGUUUCAGGUCCUAGUACGUGAAUGAAGGCUUAGGAGCGAGUCUGGGGUCGAUUGGACGAAGAACGGACGAAUGGCGAGGUUUUUGGGAGCUGCACGGGCAGACCAGGGAGGAUGCACGGCCGUGCACGUGAGCAAUAUGGCCGUGCGCCUUAUGCCGAGGACACGCACGGGCAACCCCUGAAGCUCGCACGGUCGUGCACCCUGGCCGUGCGAGAGGGCUGAAGUUCGACUAAAUGACACGCUGCGUUUUGAGUUGCACGGCCAGAAUGGUGAUAUGCACGGCCGUGCACCCUGGCCGUGCGAGUCGGGAUUUCCUGGUUUUAAGCCAAAUUCCGAACCAAAGAAGAGGAGAGCUGGGUUUUUGGAUCCCAAACACCCAAGGGACGAACCCUAGAGAGAGAGAGCGACUUGGGAACAUUCUUGGAGCUAUUUUGGAGGAUUUCUUCGCCAUUGGAGCUCGGGAAUCAAGCUUGGAGAUGGAGAUUGAAGAUCUAGAUCAGAUUUCUGCAGUCUCUCUCUUCUCUAUGGAGUAACUUCCCUUCACUUAGGUUUUGAGGAACCUUAGUUCCAUGAGUUAGGAUCUUUCUUGUAUGAAGUUUUGGAUGCUAUAUUGUUUGAUUAUAAUCGAAUGAUGCAUGUUUAUUGAGUCAAUUGAAGUCUGAUCAACUUUUCCUGAUUCCUGCUGCAAUCUGAGAUGGAUAGAAUCUGAUUAGGUUGCUAGAGUCUCAUCAUUCGAUAGUAGGAGAUUGGCUAUACGAGAGUUAGCCAGUUUACUGCUUUGUACUGGAAUCCAAUUCCAGUAGUGGAGUUCUGUGCUUAUUGCUUCAGCUUUCUAUCCCGGUGAAGACUAGUCGUCUGCCGGAUAGUUAGACUGAGAGGGCUUGGUCAGCUUAAGAGAUUCCAAGCUACUGUCGGAUCUUCCGCAGUUUAAUCAACAGUAAAUCAACCAAAAGGAAUUACAACUUGGACCUAAUUGAGGAGCUAGGGGGAAUCAUACCUAAGUGAGUUCCCAAACUGUAAUUAGUAGUUUUACUUAGUUUAGUUAGUAGAGUAGUUUAGUUAAUCAAUCCUUAAUCUAGCUUGCUAGAUAAUGAACUGAAGCUGAGUAAUAGUAACUCUAGAGACCCGUGGAUUCGAUAUUUAUUACUUGUGCCACUAUACUGCAGUCCCUUUCAUUGGUUACACUUGGCCAUAGUUAGGUGUUGUGUUUUAGCGUGUCAACCAUACUUGUUGCAAAGCUCAAGGGCGAACAAGAUUUGAUAGACAUGACCACGAAGCAGCCUAAGGAUGCACUGAAAGCACAACUAGAGUCUGAUGCGGCGCAGGCGUUGCAGACUAGGGAUGCAGCUAGGGAUGAGCUUGAGGUCGAAAAGCCAAGGGUGGCUGACCUGGAGAAGGUUCUAAAGAAAGAGCAAGAAAAGAAGGGUGAAAUGGUCGCGGAUGCUGAGAAGAAGGUGGCGAUGGCGAAGAAGAAGGCGGUGGAGGCUGUUGAGAAGCUUGAGAAGUUGAAGACCAGGAUGGCUGAGCUGAAGGCCGAAGAAGCGAGAAAACAAGCGGAGGUCGGAGGCAGCGACGAUGGUGGAAAAAAUGUUUGAUCAUUGUUCAGGUAAACGAUAGGAAGGGCAAUCGUUUAAGUUAUUUGCUAGGUGUAGAUUUCUUUUCUUAAUCUUUGUGGACUUUUUUCUAGGCUCUAGCUAAGAAUUUUUUGCUCAAAAGGGUUAGGCUUUUUGUUAUGAGUUGAGCACUUAGAGGCCCAAAAACAAAGAUUUGAGUUGGAAUUAACAAAACUAUUUUUUCAGUGGUUUAUUGUAUAGAUGUUUGCUUUUUAUAUGUUUUACUAUGAUGUUUUUGGAGCAACUGUCUCUGCUUGAUUGGUUUGAACUUUGAAGAAACUCAAGUAGCUUAUCAGACUGCGUACUUUGUUGUUACCUUUUUAGUUAUGUAAGACCACCCACAAUGGGGUAGGAUAAGUAGGGAAAUUUCCCCACAAUGGGAUAGGUAAAGUGUGGGAAAAAGGGAAUGAGGGGAGGGGGGUGGGGGAGAUCCUCUCGUACGCAACAAAAGGAGGAGUAAGGGGAGGGGGGAACGGGACUUUAACCAAAAAUGACAAUCUUAAGUCCUCUCCCAAAAAUUGGCACAUUCUGCAACUCCACCGAUUUCUCCUCCCUUGUCGAACCCGCCGCCUGCUUCCCUAGCAGCCCCCGCGUCUAGCACCACCGCCUCAAAAGACAAUCCCCUUUCUCAACCUCAUUUUUCCUUCAUCUUUUUGGGAAGUUACUUCCUCGAUCACAGGCGUGCGACUUUGUCGUUAUUGGCCUCAACGUCAUGUUGUGUCUCCGAUUGGGGCUUACUUCGCUCUUGAGACCACCCACUAUGGGAGGUGGGAAGAAGAAAAAGAAGGGUCUUUUUCAAAUGGGGGCUCGCAAUUGUGGUUGAAAAGGGGGGAAAGAAGGAUUUUUUGGGUGGGUUUGGGAGGGUUUUCCCUCAGAACAGGACAAAAGGAGGGGGAGUGGACUGGCAGGGCCCGCGUGCCAGAUUUGCUUUUUACAUUUAGCUUUUCUAUUUCGUUUUAGUUUGGAUUUUCUUAAACCGUUGAUCGUUUUCAAUGUGAUCUAACGAUCAUAAUUGAAUUCCAAAGGACAUAUUUUACAAUGUCUAUAUUUUUCAACAGCCAUAAACUGCCAUAUUUAAUUAAUGACGAAAAAAUUA